GUGCAAAGCCUGACUGAGCCUGCGUAGGCUGCGGCAAAACUAACCGCUCUAAGGCUUGCAGUCUUUGCUGGCCAGCGCUUGUGUAGAAAGAUCGCUUUUCACACCAGAUCUCACUUUUGAUCCUUCCAGCUCCAGCGUCUCGGGCUUCAGCUUUGUGCCGAGGCACCAAAGCUCCUACGGUCCUUUCUCUGACUGAUCGCUGAUCUCACUGUUCCCGCUCCUGUCUCCUGGAACCAUGUCUCUGGUAAGCCAGAAUGCACGCCACUGUAGCGCGGAGAUCACUGCAGAUUACGGCGACGGCCGGGGUGAAAUACAAGCUACUAACGCCUCCGGGUCCCCCACCUCCUUGCUAGUCGCGGAUGCCCCCCAGUGCCCUCAGGCGCCAAUCAACCCUCAGUGUGUCAACACUUCCCAGGCCGUUCAGGACCCGAAUGACCUGGAGGUCCUGAUCGACGAGCAGUCCAGACGUUUGGGGGCGCUCAGGGUCUAUGACCCUCUAGAAGACAGAUCGGUUGCUUUGGUAAAUUUCAUGAGAAUGAAAAGCCAGACUGAGGGGUCUAUCCAGCAGUCCGAGAUGCUGGAGUUUCUCAGAGAAGACUCAGAUCAGUUCCCUGAGAUCCUCAGACGAGCUUCAGCUCACCUGGACCGGGUCUUUGGGUUGAACCUGAGAAUUAUUGAUCCCCAGGCUGACAUCUACAAUUUAGUCAGCAAACGAGGUUCCCUGAUCACUGACAGGAUAGCAGGGUCUCUGGACAUGCCAAAAGCAGGUCUUCUGGCCCUAGUCCUAGGCCACAUUCUCUUGAAUGGGAACCGAGCAAGAGAAGAUUCCAUUUGGGAUCUGCUGAUAAAAGUUGGCAUGUGGGAUGAGCCUCAGAGGAACAACAACCUCUUUGGGAACACAAGGAACCUCCUCACUAUUGACUUUGUGUGCAUGAGAUUCUUGGAGUACUGGCCAGUGUAUGGCACUAAUCCCCUUGAAUUUGAGUUCUUGUGGGGCUCUAGAGCUCACAGGGAAAUCACAAAGAUGGAAGCCCUGAAGUUUGUGUCAGACGCCCAUGAUGAAGAACCCUGGAGUUGGCCAGAACAAUAUAAUAAGGCCCUGGAAGCUGACAAAACCAAAGAAAGAAGCCUGACUGCUGGCUUAGAGUUCUGGUCAGAGGACACUAUGAAUGAUAAGGCAAAUGAUUUAGUCCAGUUGGCUAUUAGAGUCACUGAGGAGUUGCUGCCUAUACAUCAGGAUGAGCUAUUGGCUCACACUGGCAAAGAAUUUGAGGAUGUGUUCCCAAAUAUCCUCAAUAGAGCUACUCUAAUUCUUGAUAUGUUCUACGGGUUGUCUCUGAUUGAGGCUGAUACCAGUGAGCACAUCUACCUCCUUGUCCAGCAACCAGAAUCAGAAGAAGAGCAAGUGAUGCUAGAGAGCCUGGGGAGACCCACUCAAGAAUAUGUAAUGCCAAUCUUAGGUUUGAUAUUCCUGAUGGGCAACCGUGUCAAAGAGGGCAAUGUCUGGAACAUGCUUCGAAGAUUUAAUGUGGAUGUAGGGAGAAAGCAUGCCAUCACCUGUAAGCUUAUGAGACAGCACUACCUGGAAUGCAGACCACUGUCCUACUCUAACCCAGUUGAAUAUGAGCUUCUAUGGGGUCCUCGAGCUCACCUUGAAACCACCAAAAUGAAAGUCUUGGAGUACAUGGCCAGGCUCUACAGAAAGCGACCACAGGACUGGCCAGAGCAAUAUAGGGAAGCUGUGGAAGAUGAGGAGGCCAGAGCCAAAUCUGAGGCAAAUACCAUGUUCUUCCUUGGCCCCAUGUGAAGUCUGGGGAAUAUAUAUCACUUCAGUUGAGUGGCAUCAGUUAAAGAUGCCUUGGGGAAAUGGGCAUAGGGGCUCUAAAUUAGAAGUUGGGGAGGGUUUGGGUGGGAAGUACACAUUGUGCUUGCUGUCUGUGUUCCAAUUUUAAUAGUAUUUGCUUCCUUUUAAUAUAUCCUUGGAUUAGGUUAAUGAUCAAUAUUUAUGAAUUGAAUUUUUCAUUUGCCAUCCCUGUCUUGUUUCAGUAUAAAAGUUCAGAUAGCUCUGUAAAAUGUAUUGGGAAUAUUUACAUCUUUGAAAUAAUCAGUAAAAUGAUUUGGUACAGGAGUUAAAUCACAAUAACACACACAUAACAAAACAAACACAAAACCACUGAUUUGUGAUUGCUCUUCCUUUGUGUCUACCAUUGUAUACAUAUAUACAACAGUAUAUAUAUGUGUGUAUAUAUAUGUAUAUAUGACUGCCAUUUACCUGUGUUUGCAAUAAAAGCAUAAUAAAUUAGACAC